CAGAAACCAAUUAAUAGAGCGAACUGUAUGUUUGUCAUUACUAACAAAAAUUCAGUCCGUGAUUAUAAGCUGGAAUGAACGCACGUUCGUUAAGUAAAAACAUUCAAAAUUUAAACAGUAUCCCUAAAAAACCUUUUUCUUGUAGUAUUAUUAUAAGAAUUAUGAACUAUGGAAAUUGAACAUGAUAUACCAGUGAAAUUAUUAUUUUUCGCGCGCACCAAAGAGCUGGCCGGCGUUAGGGAGACAACAAUAAAUUUACCUAGGAAAAUAAGCUAUCACAAACUAUUGGACUUAAUUGUUCAAAAAUAUAAUUUAGAGAGCAUUAAAAAUAAUAUAUUACUGGCUAAAAACGAGGAGGUUUGUGAGGAAGGUGUUGAUAUUAUCAUUAACGCUAGAGAUAAUAUAGCUGUGAUACCACCGUUGAGCGGUGGAUAAUUCAAAGAUGGAUCACCUCAAGUUAACCAUGGACAAAUUGUCCAUUGAUGAGAUUACUGAGUUGGUGAUAGAUGACAAAUGUGGUGCGGUCUCCUUAUUUGUGGGUACAACCAGAGACAAUUUUGAAGGAAAAAAGGUGCUAAGGCUGGAGUACGAAGCGUACGAACCGAUGGCGCUGAAAUCCAUGAAGGCCAUUUGUGAGGAGACGAGGCAGAAGUGGCCCGCUGUACACAACAUAGCGAUGUACCACAGACUAGGCAACGUCCCAUCAAGAGAAUCAUCAGUGGUGAUCGCAGUUAGCAGCCCACAUCGUCGCGACUCGCUCGACGCGGUGUCCCAUCUCAUCGAGCAAUUAAAAGCAACGGUCCCGAUCUGGAAAAAGGAGGUGUAUAACGAGGACCCACCGCUGUGGAAGGAGAAUGUGGAAUGUACAAACAUAAGCCCACCAUCGCCUCCCAAGCCCGAGCCGGUAGUCGACAAAAACCUCGUUCAAAUCAACGUAUCCAGCGAGGAACUACAACAGCGCAUACAGAACUUCAUCGAGAGAAAGAGACAGCAAGUGAACAUCAGUAAUAUACACGACUUCAUACCGGGGGAAGGGGAGAGCGAGACGGAAGAUACGGAGACGUGCGCAAGAGUUAGAGCGCAGUUUGUGAAACGGAAUGAUUCGAAAGGACAUUUAAAAGUAAUCCGUAAGGUUCACAAUGAGUGGGGACCCCAAACAGCCGCACCAGCCCCUCUAUCCGACUCGGAGGACCACUCGGGUUUGCCACCGUCUAUCGCUGAGCGUAUGGUCACCAUCGAAAAGUACCUGAAUAUAACACCCGUGUCGAAGGAUGUAUUCAAACGUCUGAAAGAUAUGGAGGACAAAAUGACAUUUUUGCAGUCUGUUUCCCCGGAGUAUGCAAAUUUUUGGAAAACAAGAAAGACCGACGACGACGCGAAUUCCGAAAAUCUUGUGGAUUAUGCUUUCUCCGCAGACGACAUAGCUAAGAAAAUCGAACAAUUGGAAAAAGUUCACAUGUGAACACAAGCUACUUAAACAUUUAUAAACUAUUUUUCCAUGAAAUAUCAGUAGAAAAUGUAAUCAUUUUUACAAAUUGUACUUCAUAAUAGUAGAUCAUUUCAUACAGUGCAAAGGGUGGAAAAAGUUGUAAAUACAAUCUACUUAUAACCAUUUAGAACUAUUUUUCCAUGCAAUAUCUAGAAUGUAAUGAGUUCUACAAAUUGUUGUUGGUUGUAGUAAAAACAUUUCAUACCGUAAUUUAGGGGUGAAAGUAAAUUAAUGAUAUUUAAAUUAUACUGACGAUUGAUGGGCUAAUUGACUGAAGCGAUAUGAAGGGCUAAUUGCGACAUUUAUUUUUUUCGAAAAAUUUUAACUAGUUUAAAAAAACCUAGAAAAACGUGCUGAUUUUAAAUGUGUACGAAACUUAGUAUCGUGAUAUAGCUGUCGAUAUAAACUAAACAAUGUAUUAAAAAAUCUUA